AUCACUGGCGUCACUGUACUAAAUGCUCCCGAAGACAGAAGAGGGAAAUUAUUAAGAUGAAAGACCUUCAUUUUAUAGUAAGACUUAGAUCGUUAGUGAUCAUUUCUUCAUUAUUAUUCUGGUCCACACUGGCAAUUGACAUGUCUAAGUUUAAAAAGUGUGAAGAUAGCAGUUUUUGCAGACGAAAUCGUGCAAUACCACUUGGCCAAAGUCCAUAUGGAGUUGUUCCCGGUUCAAUAAAAUUUACUGAUUCAAAUAUAGAUUUACAAAUUAUUAAUAACAAUACAAAUAUAGUAUUAACUCUUCAGGUCAUAAUACUACAGCAUAAUACUGUUAGAUUUAAAAUUAAUGAAAUUAACCCUAUCCAUCAACGAUAUGAAGUACAAGAUGUGUUAGUUGAUGAUCCUGUUAGAUCAAGUUAUGAAAAAGUUAGUGAGAGCGAAGAUCAGCUGCACCUCAAGUUCCAAAGCAAUGGCUUGAUCAUAACCAUGAAACCGCUGCGUUUGGACUUUCUUGUCAAUAAUAAAAUUGCAGUUUCUGUGAAUUCUAAAGGAUUAAUGAACUUUGAACAUUACCUGGCAAAAAAAGAAUCACCUUCGCUCUUAGGUUCCCUGUAUAGUUACUUCAGCUCAGAGAAGAAAGCUGAAGUUGCAGAAUCACCUGUUGCCGAAGAGAAGACAAAUGAAGAAAAUACAAAUGAUGAAGAGUCAAAUGCUGAGGGUGACCCUGAUGAAGAAGAAGUAAAAGAUGAGGAGGUGAAACCUUCGGUGGAUGAAAAGGUUGAACAAGAUGCAGAACAAUCAUGGGAAGAAACAUUUAAUGAACAUAAAGAUUCCAGACCAAAAGGCCCUGCAUCUGUUGGUCUUGACAUUUCAUUUCUUGGUUUUGAUAAUGUUUUUGGCAUUCCAGAACAUGCAGAUUCACUUGCUCUGAAAUCAACAAUGGGUAAAGAGCCUUACCGUCUUUUUAAUCUUGAUGUCUUUGAGUAUGAUUUAAACAAUGGCAUGGCGUUGUAUGGAUCUAUUCCGUACAUGUUAGCACACAGCCCAAAUAAAACAGUUGGCGUAUUUUGGUUGAAUGCUGCUGAAACAUGGAUCGACAUCAGUACUGAAAAUGCCAAGAAAAAUAUGUUGGAUUCGUUGAUGUCGUACUUUACCGCUGAAGAGGACUCUCAACAAAUUGACACACAUUGGAUGUCGGAAAGUGGCAUAAUUGAUGUGUUUGUAAUGUUAGGACCCAGACCCCAAGACGUCUUUCAACAAUAUGCUGCUCUUACUGGGCCUGCCACCUUGCCACCGUUAUUUUCUCUUGCUUAUCAUCAAUGUCGAUGGAAUUACAACGAUCAAGAGGAUGUUUUGAAUGUUGAUGCAAAUUUUGAUAAACAUGAUAUACCUUGUGACGUUAUAUGGCUAGAUAUUGAGCAUACAGAUGGGAAACGGUAUAUGACCUGGGACACCCAUAAAUUUCCAAAUCCUGAAGAGAUGCAGCAAGCAUUAGCAGUUAAAGGAAGACGUAUGGUUACAAUUGUCGACCCACACAUCAAGAGAGAUGAUGAAUAUCAUAUACACAGAGAAGCCAGUUCUAAAGGAUACUACGUUAAAAACAAAGAUGGUGGGGAUUACGAAGGCUGGUGUUGGCCUGGUUCGUCGUCUUGGAUCGAUUUUUUCAAUCCUGAGGUACGAGAUUGGUGGGCCAGUAAGUUUGCUUUAGAUCAAUACAAGGGAUCAACUCUUACACUCAGUGUUUGGAAUGAUAUGAAUGAGAUGUCCGUGUUCAAUGGACCAGAAAUCACUAUUCACAAAGAUGCAAUGCAUUAUGGGGGAUGGGAGAAUCGUGACGUUCACAAUCUCUAUGGUUACUAUAACCAAAUGUCAACAUAUAACGGUUUGAAGCGAAGAUCUGGCGACAAGGAACGACCCUUUGUUUUAACAAGAGCAUUCUUUGCGGGAACCCAAAGAUACGGAGCGAUUUGGACGGGGGACAAUAUUGCUGAAUGGUCUCAUUUAAAAAUGUCAUUACCAAUGAUUUUGACUUUGGGCAUCACUGGAAUGCAGUUUAGUGGCGCUGAUGUUGGAGUUUUUAAUAAUCCCGAUCCUGAACUUUUAGUUCGAUGGUAUCAAGCUGGUGCGUAUCUUCCCUUCUUUCGUGCUCAUGCGCAUUUGGAUACAAAACGUCGUGAGCCGUGGUUGUUUGAGGACAAAUACAAGAAUCUUAUGCGAGAAGCAAUUCGUCGUCGUUACGCAUUGUUGCCUUAUUGGUAUACACUGUUUCAAGAUGCGUCAAAGACUGGCUCACCUGUUGUUAGACCACUUUGGGUAGAAUAUCCUGAAGAUAAAUCGACAUUCACAAUGGAAGAUGAAUAUUUACUUGGUCGUGAUUUACUUGUAAAACCAGUCACUACACAAGGACAGGUUACUCUUGAUGUUUAUCUUCCAAAUAAAGAUGAGUUAUGGUACGAUCUUUCCAGUAAGAACUUCCACCUUGGUGGACAGAGUAUUCAUGUAGCCACUCCACUUAACAUGAUUCCAGUAUUUCAAAGAGGUGGAAGCAUUGUUCCGAGAAAAGAAAGAGUUCGACGUUGCUCUUCUGUUAUGAUUAAUGAUCCUACAUUGGUCAUUGCUCUCAACAAAUCGGGUGAAGCUAGUGGAAAGUUGUACAUAGACGAUGGUAUUAGUUUUGAUUAUGAGAAAGGAAAGUAUGAGCUUCGAGAGAUUAUGUUCAAACAAGGAAGACUAAUAUCAAGAUCUCUUGAUACUUCAGCGCAUUAUGAAACCAAAUCAUGGCUCGAGCGUAUUGUCAUUAUGGGCAUGAGUCAAAAUCCUUCGCAGAUAAUCCUAACUGACAAAGAUGGUAAGACCACGAAAUUAGAUUAUAGCCUAAAUGCAAGCGCUUAUAAAUUGACCAUCAAAAAACCCGCUGUGAACAUGUCAGAGGAUUGGAGCAUAGUUCUAUAUGCCUAGUGUGGUUUGUAUCUAGUUCAUAUGCCCUGUUGUAACUAAUCAAACCAUAUUUUAUAUGGUUUUUGGGACAUUUUUAAUAAAAUAAACAAAUACAGCGGUUAA